GUGUUGUGUGUGUUUAUAUAUACAUAUAUAUAACUAGUUCUGGCAGUAACACAUUUUAGGGUUCAUUUGUUUGUCAUACCAGCCAUGGCAGGGUUCAAACACUUGGUGAUUGUUAAGUUUAAGGAAGAUGCAGCUGUGGAAGAGAUUGUGAAAGGGAUGGAGAAGCUGGUUUCUGAGUCUGAUCUUGUCAAGUCCUUCGCGUGGGGACAGGAUUUGGAAGGGCCAGAAAUGCUCACACAAGGUUUUACUCAUGCCUUCUCAAUGACAUUUGACAAGAAAGAAGACUACACUGCAUUCCAAACCCAUCCUAAUCAUGUUGAAUAUUCUGCUACAUUUUCAGCAGCUAUUGAGAAAAUUGUGGUGCUUUUUUUCCCAUAUGUUCAGGUUAAAGCAACUGCAUCCGCAUGAUCUAUAAGAUUGAUCAAGAGAGAAAUAAGAAAAAAGAUGGUAUCCUGUAUGUUUUUUAUGAUAUGUGUGUAUCAACAUAUUGUGUAUUUCCUUUUGAACUCUCCAGGAAAUUUCAACAUCAGCUCUUGUAUCAUGGAAAUGCUGCUUGUUUUAUGAUCAUUUUGCUUUCUUGAUGAAUAGACAGGCUAGCUAUCCAACUGUGAGAUUUGAUAUGUUUACAAUUAUUUACUUCCACCAAUUAAUUACUUUUGAAUAAUUUUAUUAAUGACCACUAGUUAUUUUAUUAA